AAAAUCUACAGUGUUACCAAGUGAUUGAGAAAAGAAAAAAAUAAUAAUAAUAGACACCUUCAUGCCACGCUCAACAGGUUCCCGUGAGAUUGAGGUGAUGCCGUAAAGAAAAAUGUUGCACAGUGUAACGAAAUAAUUGAGAUAAGAAGGAAAACUACAAGAAGGAUGAGCCGUUGCAAAGGCUGAGCGUCCGCACCAACCACGGCCUUAUGUGGGCCUCCAAAACUGACACUAAAAGAGAAAGAAAUGGAUGAAGAAACGUAAUGCCAGUUGAAAAUAUAUAAAAGUAUGCAUUAUAUAUUGAACGCAUGUAAAACUCUUCAUAAAGCAACAUGUAAAAUACGGGAAAGAUCAUAAUACUUCGCUUGAAUGCUCCAAAAUGAGUGAGGAAAUGUGAUAACGAUGGAAAGUAUAUAAAAAAGUAUGCCCUGUGUAUUGAAAGCAUGUAAAACUCUCCCAAAAGCAACAUGUAAAAUACGGGAAAGAUCAUAAUACUUCGCUUGAGUGCUCCAAAAUGAGUGAGGGAAUGUAAGUAAUGACGAUGGAAAGUAUAUAAAAAGUAUGAACUAUGUAUAUUGAAAGCAUGUAAAACUCUUCAUAAAGCAACAUGUAAAAUACGGAAAAGAUCAUAAUACUUCGCGUGAGUGUUCCAAAUGAGUGAGGGAAUGUAACGACAAUUGAAAGUAUAAAAGUAUGCAAUAUAUAUUGAAAGCAUGUGACAUUCUUCCUUAAGCAACAUGUAAAAUACGGAAAAGAUCAUAAUAAUUAGCGUGAGUGCUCCAAAUCUAAUGACAACCGAAAAUACAAAGGUCUGCAUUAUGUGUUGAAAGUACGUAAAACUCCUCCUAAACCAACAUGUAAAAUACGAGAAAAAAAUCAUUAUAGUCAGCGUGAGUGCUCCUCCGCCUGAGCCACCACGCGCCACGCCACGGCCUGAGCCACUGUAGGAGCCAUGGGUCGGGCUGGGACUCCCCCGGCAUGUCCGCUGCUCGUAGGGUGAGGCGCCGCGGCUCGCCAUGAACCUGGGCCGCCGCACGCCUCUCUGCGCGCUGGCGGAGGACCGGGAGGAGACCGUGUACAUGCUGGACGAAGACCCGCCAGAGGACGACCAAGAUCGAUCACGGCCCUGGUGGAAGAGUUGGAAUCGGAAAUACGUGUUGCUGUGUGGAACCUGCGGAGCCUCGGCCGUCCUGCUGGGCACCUUCUACCUCAUUAUCUACUUCGUGCUCAGGUCCUACACAUCGUCGCUUCAGUACUUCGAAACUAUACCCACCUACGUGCCCGCCUCCGUGCUGAUCCUGACCGGUCUGUUGGUUCUCUGCUUCGUCAGGAGAAAGAACAGAUUCUCCUACCUGAUCAAGGUGAGCGGGUGUCUGUGUCUGGUGUGCGCCGUGCUCUGCGUCGUCGUCACCGUCACCACCACAGUCCUGCACAUGAACCGCCUCCAGACCCUUCAGGAGUGCGAGUUCUUCCCGCACUCCCAGUCCUGUACCUGCACCCCUUACACCGGCGUCCACGACCCCACGCAGGACGUUCGAUAUGACUUCGCGCUGGUCAACGUUGGGGCGAACUGCGACGUCAUCCACGGGCCGCUGUACUCCUGCCUGCGCGCCCUCUUCGGCCUCUCCGUCAUCGGGAUCCUCGUGUCCAUCUUCUCCUGCAUGUUGGUCUACCAGCUGCUGAGCCAUGAGAAGAAAAAGAUGUACUGGGAGCAGCUGGAGCACCGGCGGCGGCUGCUUUACCGACGCACCCCGGCCCCCAACGCGUGUUCCUGCUGCGACGACUACGGCUUCGUUCCGCCCUCUGAGCUGUACCCGUGGGCACCGUGGGACACUUUGGAUGACAGGUACUGGGCUGGCGGCCACUUCUACACGCCUGGUGCUGAGGACUCCUCCAACACCUCUCGCUCGGUACUUCUAGGAACGACCACCACACCACAGGGCCAAGGGCCUCUGUGGCUCCCCUGGGGUGGUGCCUGGGGGGCUCACAGUGCCACUACCCCACAACAACACCAACAGCAACAGCAGCAACAGCAGCAGCAGACUAACAAUCCAGGUGACCCCAACGCCGCUGCCAAUGUCAGCAGCGUGGCGGACAACAAUCCAAGCGAGGACACGAGAGCACAGGUGACAGGGGUCCUCCUCCGUCCCUUCCUCCCUCGAGGCUUGGAGAACCGCCUGGGCCUCCGCCGCCAGCAUGCUCCAGGCCCACAGAGUCGCCGGCCGCUGUCAGAUCCUGGCGUGGUGCUGCAGCUGCCCCGAUAUCCCCCUGCCUUCACUGAGGCCUACCUGCCCCCCAUGGCCUAUCAAGAGGCUUUCCCCCGCUACAUGUGGGGCCCUCCACCGCCCUACUCCCAGCCCACCUCUUCAGAGAACCUGGCCAUGCAGAUGUCCCCCCACCACCACCCCAACUCCCCUACCUCGCCCCAGGGCAUUCAUGGCAUCAUGGCUCAAGCAAUAAGAGCCUCCCCUGCCCACCGCCCCGCCACGCUGGCAGACCUAAUGCACGGCCCCGCUAGUCCUACCAGCAACACACUCUCCUCGCCCAGUGAUGACUCGGAGAUCAUGAGUUCUCCUUCUCAGAACCAGCGAGUGACACGCGGGCGGCACAAGGGUAGCCCCUGUGAGCAGGGAGGAACAUUGGGUGGCUCCAGCUCUCUCCCGUCUCGCCAUCGCUCCCGAAGACUACCCAUAGGACACGUCAAAUCGCUUGGAGACGUUAACGAGCAUAAGCAUGAUGAACCUCUGGAAGUGUUGUUUUGUGAUGGCAAAGACAUUGCCCCGCUGGACAAGUUCCAGUCCCAGACUGACGUGCCUCGCGAGGCAUACCGCAGCAAGCACAUCAAGAGCAUCAGUGACCCGAAGGUGGUGUACACGAGUGGCAAGAAUGAGCAGGAGUCAGAGCUGUACUUUGCUGAUGUCUCAUCCUGCAUCUCAGUGAGGCAAGAUGGAGAUGAAAUGCUCUACUACUCGGAGCCCACCAGCUCAGCCAGCCAGAACACUCCCUCGCCCACCAACAAGGAGGCUAUAGAUACCCCCAUCAAUCACACGUACGAACAGGUACGUGAGAAGGAUGACGACAGUUCCCACCAUGCCUCUGAUGACACCAUGAUUGUCCACACUUCAUCCUCAGACCACAGUCUGGCCGCUGAGACAGAAAAUACUUACAGUGUUGUGUCGCCUCUCACAGACAUGUCGAGCACCUCCCCAAUGAUCACCGACACGGACGCAUACUCGUGCUACACUCCCACCACCUCGGGACCCUCCCCCUCCUCACCAGGACAAAGGGACAACACGCCCUCCACACCCCAGGCACCGUACAACCACAAUCUUUCUCUUCACUCCAUGCGACAGCUCCACCCGCUUCAUCCCUUACACCCGCUGCACCAUAUGCACCACAUGCACCCUGGCGCCAGGGCACACCUUAAUGACAACGAGUCCAUGCCGCCGCAGCUCAAUGAGUGUCCUGAUGGAGGACUUGAGGCCGAGCACUGCUACGAAACGCUGCCGGGCUGCAAUGACGACACUGCCCCUCCCCGAGGUUCCCCCGGUGCCACCAAUGAGCCUCGGCCAGAGGGCAGCGCUACACACACAGCCGAUGCCUCAGACUUGAAUGGAAAUGUGACGCUAACAGAGGCCAUCGUGCACAUGGGUCCACCAGGGAUGGAUGGCUCCGCUCCCGGCAGCCAAACCUCUCGAGCGUCCAGGGCCAACCUCUCCCUACCACUCCGUCGGGUGCUCUCGUCCUCCAAUGCCAAUGCUGAGGAGGUGCCUGAAGACUCCCCGACACCAGACUCUGAAAUGGUGUCAGUGGAGCAGGGUCGUGGGUCCACAGGGCGGCGAGGGACAGCAGCAGGAGGAGGAGGAGGUGGAGGAGGAGGAGGAGGAGGGGAGCGCCUUUCCUACCACAGCUCCGAGCCCAACACCCCCGCCGAAAGGAGGAUACACUCGGUGCAAGACCUUCUCUUUACACUCAAAUCUGUUAAUGUUUAAGUGGAUGUGAGAGCUGAAAGAUGUUGAAGUGAGUGUCAGCUGAAGACUGAAUACAAUCUAUGCGAAGAGUACCUUGCAGUGCAGUAGUCAACCGUAACUUCUAACAAUGCCGGUAUUCCAAGUGAUUCACUUUUUGUGAUCCAAAACAAGUCAGUGUUAAUAGUCUAAGGAGUCACUCAUAAACUUUAUACCACAAGCAAGAGUGCUGUAUGUGUAUGUGUGUGUGUUCAUAUGGGUGUAGGUGAAGAUGUGUGUGUGUGUGUGUGUGUGUGUGUGUGUGUGUGUGUGUGUGUGUGUGUGCCACAUGUAGAAAUUACUCUAUGCAAGCCUUUUCAUUGUUUUUGAGGUCCCUGCAGCCAGUUCUGUGUAGCAUAACAGUGUGUGGUGGCUAGUGUUAAGGGCCUGCCACACCCCAGGGAGCCACAGUAUGGUGAGUGAGGCGCUGUAAGCUGCUGUUGUUUAUAGUAUUGAAGGGAAAGCUGUGCUGGCAUAUGGCUGUUAUCCUCCUGCAGUGUAACUGCCAAUGUCUGCCAUGCACCACCAUUGGCCAUGGAUGUGUCCUUCAAGGAGUGUUUCCUGUAAUAUUACCUAUCAAGCCUUCACGCAUCUGUCUUAUUUUCAAAGGUAUGUGGGCCAGCAGCAGCCUCAUGUUGGAGGUCAUUGCCCACAACACCACUCACUCCAGGAAGCACCUCGCUGCCCUGACCGAUUGGCGGUACAUGUUAGUGCAAUAUGUUUGGAACAUGUCUAGGACAUUUCCUAAGGGCAUUAAAUUAAGCAUUGAUUACCCCAGUAUGACAUAUGUCUAUGAAGAGAACUUUGUUGUCUCUUAUUUUGUCAGGCAUCUUACAAGAGCUCGUAAGAGUUGAUGGUAAUAGGACCUAGUACAGAAUAGGGAUUCUGUCCUCUCAUAGGAUGUUGAAAUAUAUAUAACACGUUCUUCUUAAAAUCUGACGUGAAUGGCUGGGGGAAGAUUCCUGCUGUGAGGGGACACUAGUUUUUAAGGCUCACGACGCUCAGGUUGAUGUUGUCCAUAUCUCACGUGAGUGUUGACUCACAUGUGUUUAGUCACUGGUCAAGAAUGAGAGCGAAAAUACAAUCACGCAGCUGUACCUUCAGGGCGGUGAUUUCAUCCGUUCAGCUCAACACGGCUCACAAAAGAGAAGCUGAAGAAUUUACAUUCUAACAAGUGCUUUAGUUUCAAGUUUUUACCCCAACGACACGAGCUCAUAGCAGACACUGACCCCACAAUGGCUUUGUAGCCUGCCUUGUCCAGAGUCUACAAUCUUUAGAUGCUGAAUCAUGUAAAUAUUCUUUUAUUAAAAGCAUUUAUAAUUUGUUCAAUUAUAAUUUAUUUUCAUAAAAGUGGCCAUGCACGCAAUAGCAGACUCCAGAGCAUUGAACCGCUGUUUACUAGAUUUACUGGAAGAACAAGAUGGGGAUGUCUGUCAGGACUUUGCAAUCACCAGUGGCCACGUUGCUUUCUUGCUGAAACAAAGCUGCCACACAUUAUCAGUAAAAAUAUUUACCAGAAAUCCAGGAAAACAAUUAAAAAAUUAUUGAUUUUACGCUACAUAUAAUACACUUUCGUAAAUGUACCAAAAUGUGAAGAAGUCAGCCUGUGUGGCUCAAAGUUACAAUAUGUGUGCCAAAUCAAUGUUCUUCAAACUUUUAUAAGUGCAACAUGUUGUCAUUUCAAGCAUCACCUUCAUGAUCCGUUUGCAAACCUCCAGAUAGUACUCAGAACGGUGUGCCCCCUUCAUCUAGUAUUCAGUUAUUAAUUUGUGAAGCAGCAGCAAUCCCAGUAGUCUCCUGCAACCCGCUACUGGGACGCCAUUCUUUCCUUGAAGUACCAUAUCCUUUAACAGUGUAAAGAUAACAUUCAGUAUUACCCACAAGCCUUGGUGUCCCAACCUCAAUGUGCAUCAGAAUCAGACCACCCGUGUGCCCUCUCAAGUAUUCUUUCGUGCAAGAUUGUCAUACAACAAAGUCCUUGUGUGUAUGUGUGAGAGAGAGAGAGAGAGAGAGAGAGAGAGAGAGAGAGAGAGAGAGAGAGAGAGAGAGAGAGAGAGUCUUCAUUUAGAACAAGUGAACGUCUGCAAGUGUCCAGUGAGUGUAGUGUCCGGAGAGCCCUGACCCCCUCCCCCCCCCCAUCCCCGCGUUGACCUGGUGUACUGACGCUCCCCAAAAGUGCUCCACUGAUCUAGUCUCGUUUUUUGCAUGUCAGUUUCCAGUGUAAACCAAGGGAAAAGAGACAAUACAGCAGCACUCUGUGAUUGAAGUUCUUCUCUCAUCAGUACUACCAUAAAAUUUCGGUGUAUUCCCAGUGUUCAUCGAGAUGUAACAUAAAGAAACGUAUUGUAAUAUUUGUGGUAUGUAUUUUCUUAAGAUAUGUGUGUGUAGACUUCAUUGUUAUGCAACACUUUUGCAUUCAUAUCUGGUUGUUACUUUUUCCAUGACCCCUUAAGUGCCAUUCCGUUGUUACUUGUGUAUGUUGUGUUAUUUUAGUAAAGUCAUACAACAUGUU